CUCGCUCCCGCCGCGCCCCGCGCCCCGUCUGAGCGGGGCCUGCAGCAGGCCCGGGGCUUCCCCGGCCUCUCCCGGGCCGCUCCGCAGCAGCUCUGCCCCCGGCAACCGUGACGUCAUCGCGGCGGGAUUUUCUGAUUGGUCGGGCGGCGUGGGUUUGGUGCGGGACCCGCGGGGCCGGCUCCUCACAACCUCCGAACCCCGAAGAGCUCCGGAGAGCCGUGCGGAGGCCGCGGGCGACGAGGAUGCCGACCAGCCGCGCUCUGAUCCUGGGGGUCCUCGCCCUGACCGCGCUCCGCGCCUGCGGAGGGCAAGACGACAUCAAGGCUGACCACGUGGGCAACUAUGGUACAGUUGUCUAUCAGUCAUACGGACCCAACGGCCAGUACACGUUUGAAUUUGAUGGUGAUGAGUUGUUCUAUGUGGACUUGGGUAAGAAGGAGACUGUCUGGAGGAUUCCUGAGUUUGGCCAGCUGACGAGCUUUGACCCCCAACGUGGACUGCAACAGAUAGCUACAGGAAAACACAACUUGGAAGUCAUGAUUAAGAGGUCCAACUCUACCCCAGCUACCAACAAGGUUCCUGAGGUGACUGUGCUCCCCAAGUCCCCCGUGCUGCUGGGUCAGCCCAACAUCCUCCUCUGUCUGGUGGACAACAUCUUCCCCCCUGUGGUCAAGAUCACGUGGUUGAGAAACAGCAGGUCAAUCACAGACGGCGUUUAUGAGACCAGCUUCCUCACCAAACCUGACCAUUCCUUCCAGAAGAUGUCUUACCUCACCUUCAUCCCUACCGAUGAUGACGUUUAUGACUGCAAAGUGGAGCACUGGGGCCUGGACGAGCCGGUUCUGAAACACUGGG